UCCAGAGCUGAACCGUAAAUAUCCGGCGCCGACAGAGAAGUUAAGCGCCGGACAGAAGUUAUCGCCAGUCGAAGAGUUAAUUAAUGACAUGCACUCGAAUAAUGUGGUGAAUAACGCAAUACCAGAAGUGAUUUGUAAGAACCAUCCAUCGGUGGUUAAAAUGUCUGUUUUGCCGCAUAUUAUGGACUUAAGUGUUCCCAAACGGAUACUCGCCUGCAUUAUAGCCGCCCUUAAAGCUAACGGUUCUGUUGGAGUGUUUUCUGAGAUCCCGGCGUCCGAUAAGAAAUUAUUCGACUUUUAUUCCAAACUCGGAUUCUUACACAUCCAGGUGUCCAACGAAUUGCCUAACGAUUGCUCUAUAUUUAUGGGUCGAGUCAUUUGAUUCAAACUAUUAUUUUAAAGUCAAAUGUAUUUUAUAAAUCACAUUUUGUUAGUCUUUUUGUUGUUGAAGUAUUUUAUAAUUUGC